AUGAAAGAAGAAGUUGUGGCUACUAGCAGGAGUAGUAGGCUGCCUUCAGAUUCAGGUGCUUUUGCAGACUGGGUUGCUAAUCCUUCUUCAUCUGCUGCUCUCAGACCCUCUGAUCAGGAUCUCUCUUUAGGUUUCAAUGCCGGUCCCGCCACCGCCGGUGGCGUAUCUACCGGGAUGUGGUCGUCAGCCCCGUCCGCUCGUCAAAUCAACUACGGCCUUCCGGAGAUGGGCAUGUUGGGUCUUCGUGAUGUGUUUGUGGUUGCUCCUUCCAGUCAUCAUAAUCUCUCCGAUCAUCAUUCCAUCAACUCAUCUGUCGCAAACGCCAACGCUGCAACCGCGCUCGGCGUCGGCGUUAUUCCACUUUUGAGCACCACUCCUUGUCUCAACGUUGAAGAAGGUAUGUUGAAUAAUCGCGGCAGCGGUAGAAAUAGCAACACCAACAAUAACAGUAAUUAUAGUAUUCAGUUCUGGCAACAACACCCUCAAACGCAACCACAUAAUUAUUUGAACAAGCCAAUGAUUUCCGAUCAUGGGUUUCUCCAAGGCAGCGUCGGCGGCGGUGGGUCGACGUCAACUUCAGGUUCCACCAUGACUUGUCAAGACUGCGGCAAUCAGGCAAAAAAAGAUUGCACCCACCGGCGGUGCCGGACUUGCUGCAAGAGUAGAGGGUAUGAUUGUGCUACACACGUGAAGAGCACUUGGGUACCCGCCGCUCGCCGCCGUGAACGUCAGCUCAUGACAUCAACGGGCGCUGCCACUGUCUCCUCCGCCUCAACUUCUGGUCCUAAAAAGCCUCGCCUCACUUCUCAUACCACAACUAACUCACACACUUCUACUUCCAACACCACACCUCCUCGCAGUUUCGAAACUAGUUCCAGUCAUCAUCAAGAUGCAAGUUUUAAGGAAUCAUUGCCCGGACAAGUGCGUGCUCCGGCGGUGUUCAAAUGUGUGAGGGUGACGGCGGUGGAAGACGGAGAUGAUGAAUAUGCAUACCAAGCUAGUGCUACGAUCGGUGGACAUGUCUUCAAAGGCUUCCUCUAUGAUCAAGGAGUUGAAACAAGAGAUCAUUCAAACAUCCCCAAUUUUUCGGAAUUGCACCUGGGCGGUGGUGGUGGUGGAGGCGGUGGUGGAGGGAGGAAUGUGGAUGGUUCGUCUUCUUCACCGCUGCUUGACCCAUCUGAGGUUUAUGCAUCAUCAGGUGGUGGAUUGCUUGCAGGAUCAGCCUAUGGGUAUUAUGGUCCUUUACUUGCUUUUCUGGAAAUUGGGGCUGGGGCAGCAGGAAUGCCACUUGUGUUGCAUGUUGUUCCGGAGAAAAAAGUGAAGAAGCUUUAUCUUGCACUUGCUGCUGCUUAUGUGCCACCUGGCAUCAUGACCCAUUACAUGCGACCAUUUCGAAAGGCUCCAAAAAUUAUUUCCCAAGAGUUGAUUCCGGGAUGGAAUCUGUGCCAAUUGGAGGUCCUGGAAUGCAGGAAAGUUCCAUGGCCAAAUGCUUCCAUUGAAGAAGAGAAUGGAAUUCAGGAUUUGAAUUGGCCGAAUAAAGACUUUGCAUUCGAGUGCAAAAUCAACCUUUUGACUGGUCGUACUCACCAGAUUCGAGCUCAACUAGCAGCAUGUGGUGCACCGAUAGUGGGGGACUCGAUGUACAUGCCAGCUGUAAUCGCAGAGCUGGUGGGACCCACAAAGUUAAAAAAACAAUUUGAAAGUGAGUCCGCCAUUGAAGAGUGGGCUGCAAAACACGGGAAGGAACCUGGUGUGAGUAUUGGUCUUCAAGCUUUUCAAAUUUCAUGGGAUGAAGAUGAAGGACAGCAACACUUGUAUCAGGCGGGACCUCCAUGGUGGACUCAGUAA